GCGAAAACGCUCGCCUUCCGUCCUCCUCACCACCGAGUUCUCUGCUAGACAGUCGCUCGACUACCAUGGCGUCCAGAAUCGCCAUCAAUUCGCUGAGGGCAUCCGCCUCGAAGGUGCGACCGCAAGCGGUCGCUGCUGCCCGCGUCAUGCAAGCGCGAACGAUGGCGAGCGGCUCGAACCCCCCUCCCCCCGCCGAGCGCGCGUCCGAGAUCAUCAACAACAUGCCCUCCUCGCCGAACCUGAUCACCAAGACGGGCACGAUCGUCCUCGGAACGGGUGCGCUCGCCGCGGCCAUCUCGCAGGAGCUGUAUGUGAUGAACGAGGAGACGGUCAUCGCCGCCGGCUUCCUCAUCAUGCUCACGUUCAUCGCCAAGAACAUCCGCGGCCCGUACGUUGACUGGGCCGAGGGCCACAUCGCGCGCAUCCGCGGCAUCCUCGAGGGUGCGCGUGCUGAGCACACGCAGGCCGUCAAGGACCGCAUCUCCUCCGUCGAGCAGAUGAAGGACGUCGUCUCCAUCACACAGAGCCUCUUCGCCAUCUCCAAGGAAACCGCGCAGCUCGAGGCGGAGACGUUCGUGCAGCAACAAAAGGUGCUCCUCGCCGCGGAGGCGAAGGCCGUGCUCGACAGUUGGGUGCGCUUCGAGCAGCAGCAGAAGGAGAACGAGCAGGCGGAGCUCGCGCGCGCGGUCAUCGACCGCGUGAUGAAGAGCCUCUCGGAUGAGAAGACCCAGCGGGAGAUAUUGGCGAACGCUAUCCAGGAGGUUGAACAAUUGGUUAAAGCGAAGGCCGUAUAGAGUAUCUAUACUAUUGUUGGUCAUGGCUUAAUUUGACUUUGUUGAGUCUCUGGACGGUCUUGAUUGAUGGCCUGAUUGAUCAAGCACGGAAAACCCACUGCUGCGAGACAACAAUCGACAUUCGAAAAUAUUAAGAACAUGGUACAUAUUCGUACAAGAUCGAUAACCCAUGCACCUCCUCAACCAGCACUAAUCUUACAUGGUAU